GCUCUGAUAUUUGGCUGUACCAUUGCCCUGUGCUUUCUGAUAAGGGACCUCAUGUUUUACGUGAUUGGUGGAAUAACUGUUUCCAUCAUCGCAUUCGUCUUUACCAUCAAAUUUCUGUGUGAGCUUGCUGCUCGUGUGGUCAGCUUCUUACAGAAUGAUGACCCUGCCCGACAUGGGGACCGCAGUAUCUAUGACUAUGUGCGGGGUAAUUAUUUGGACCCACGCUCAUGCAAGGUCUCCUGGGACUGGAAAGAGCCACAGGAAGUGGGUCAAACCAUGAGUUUCCGAGUGCAGCUCUUUUACAAAAAUGGCCAGCCUUUUCCUGCACACAGACCUGUGGGAUUGAGGGUGAACAUCACUCACAUAGAGCUGGCUUUAGAAGUCCCUGUGACCCAGGAGGUCCUUCAGGAGCCCGAGUCUAAUGUAGUCAAAGUGGCCUUCACUGUGCGUAAGGCUGGACGCUAUGAAGUAGCUGUCAAACUUGGAGGCCUGAAUGUGGCUUACAGCCCUUACUACAAGAUAUUCCAACCAGGUACAGUGGUCCCAUCCAAAACAAAGAUAGCGUAUCACUUCUCAACACUGGUUCUGACUUACGGCCAGCAGCACACACUGCAGAUAGAACCACGGGAUGAGUAUGGCAACCCCACCAGUAACUCUGUCUCACUUGUGGAUGAGGUCAAUUACAGCAUGCAUGUCCACCCAUUGGGCACAGUGGAUGAGGAGAGCUCAGAUGAUUGCUACAGCACAUCGGUAUCAUCAAACAAGCCACAGUGCCAAGUUCUGAUGAGGCUUACCUUCAGGAAAAAAGGCUGCUUCAGAGCAUGCAUCUCAUACAGGGACCAGCCCCUUAGCAAUGGGGAGUUUGACAUCAUUGUACUCAGCGAAAAUGAGAAGAACUGUGUGGAGAAAAAUGUAUCUACCCCAGGCAUAAGCAUCUACUUUGAGGCCUACCUCUACAGCAUGGGCACUUACAGUAGUUGUCCUUGGCAGUUUCUAGCAUCCUCCCAGCUAGCCCUGCAGAGACGGCCCUCCGUGGGUGAUGAUGAGGAGGAACAUGACUCCCCUGUAGAGGGGCAGUCAGAGAAAUUCAAGAAACCAAAAAAGGUGUAUUGCUAUAUCUCACCAAAGCAAUUUUCCGUGAAGGAGUUUUACCUGAAAAUUAUCCCUUGGCGCCUUUUCACUUUCCGUGUGUGUCCUGGAACUAAGUUCACUUACCAUGGACCAGACCCUGUUCAUAAAUACCUAACACUGGUAGUAGAUGAUGGGAUUCAGCCUCCCGUAGAGCUCAGCUGUAAGGACAGAAAUAUCAUGGCUGCAACCUUUAUCCGCUUUCUCCACAAGAAUAUUGGUGGAUCAGAAACUUUUCAGGAUAAAGUGAACUUUUUUCAGCGGGAGCUGAGACACAUUCACUCCAAGCGACCUCGCACUAAAACCUGCCUGAAAAUCAGCCGUCACUCACUCCUUGAAUCGUCUCUGAAGGCCACACGGAACUUUUCUGUGUCGGAUUGGAGUAAGAACUUUGAAGUUGUGUUCCAGGAUGAGGAAGCUCUGGACUGGGGUGGGCCACGGCGUGAGUGGUUUGAGCUUAUCUGUAAGGCUCUGUUUGAUACAAAUAACCAGCUUUUCACACGCUUUAGUGACAACAACCAAGGUUUGGUCCACCCAAACGCUGAUCGCCCCCCUCACCUGAGGGUGAAAAUGUAUGAGUUUGCAGGACGAGUGGUGGGGAAAUGUCUGUAUGAAUCAGCUUUAGGUGGGGCCUACAAGCAGCUGGUACGAGCCCGAUUUACCCGCUCCUUCUUGGCUCAGAUAAUUGGAUUACGAAUGAACUAUAAGUACUUUGAAACUGAUGAUGAGGAAUUUUACAAAACCAAGGUGUGCUUUAUUCUUAACAACGAUGUCAGUGAAAUGGACCUGCUGUUUGCAGAAGAAAAAUAUAGCAAGUCAGGACAACUGGAAAAGGUGGUGGAACUGAUAUCUGGUGGUGCUCAAAUUGCAGUGACAAAUGAGAAUAAAAUUCACUACUUAAACCUGUUGGCCCAGUACAGACUAGCCAGUCAGGUGCGAGAUGAAGUAGAACACUUUCUAAAAGGUUUGAAUGAACUUGUCCCUGAAAACCUUCUGGCCAUAUUUGAUGAGAAUGAAUUGGAGUUGUUGAUGUGUGGUACAGGAGAUAUAAACGUGCAGGACUUUAAAGCUCAUGCUGUAAUUGUUGGAGGGUCAUGGCACUUCAGAGAAAAGGUAAUGAAAUGGUUCUGGGCGGUGGUGUCAUCCUUCACACAGGAAGAAUUGGCACGUUUGUUGCAGUUCACCACUGGCUCCUCGCAGCUCCCACCUGGCGGCUUCAAUACGCUUUGCCCCUCCUUCCAGAUUAUAGCAGCUCCCACACACAGCACGCUGCCCACUGCACACACCUGUUUUAACCAGCUGUGCCUCCCAACAUAUGACUCCUACGAGGAGCUCCACAAGCUACUGAAACUGGCCAUCAGUGAGGGGAGUGAGGGCUUUGGUAUGCUUUGAAACAUCAGUCCAGCUCAGGCAGAAACAGAGUUAUCUCCAAACCUCCUUUUUUCACGAACAUGUCACCACAGUGUACUUUACAUUGUACUGUAAAGGAAGGACUUUGAUCACAAGAUGCCUCUGGGAGGAUUCAGGAGUUAUGUACAUAUGUAUUUAAAGACUGUUCUACAAGAUGAAAAUGAGAAGAAAGGCAUUUUUCUUUUUUGUUUCCGAUAGUUGCCUCUCUUUCUAUUUGAGUGCAGACAAUUAAAUGGCCUACAUAAGUGUCAAGAUGCUUGUUUUGCAUUUGACAUAAAGAGAAUGUUUUUUUUUUUAUGGAACAUAGUAGACUAAGGGAUGUUGGCAAUGACUGCAUACCCUCUACACUUGGGCCUUAACUGAUCAGGGAAGGUUGUGUAUAUAACUGCUAUUUUAUUGUAUGCUUUACUUAUACAGUGUGUAUAUUUUCCCUGUUACUUUCAUUUGAUAUUUAUGAAAAAGGGACCUUGGACACAUUAUAGUGUUACCAUCUUUUUUUUCAUCUUUGGGAAUUUCAUAAAUUAUAAAUUUGUUUUUGUCCAGAGAUGUUCAUACUGUUUCAGUUUCAACUAUUUUGGGAUCAGGCAUCCCAGAAACAGUUAAAUGUUUGUUUCAUAUUUCAGAUAGCUGACUAGCAGAUUUAUCAGAUGUGCUUUUUGCUCUCUGCUUGAACCCCUUAGUUUUCAUUUUGGACAUUAUUACUGAGCAUAUGUAGAAAACUAGUUAUGAUUAGAUUUAGCUUAGGAUGUCCAUUAAAAACAUGUAGCUAGUUCUAAAAUAUUAUUACAAAGGCACAAGAUCCUACCGCAAAACUACUGAUAUUCUGAAAUCUUUGAGCAACAUCUAUGCAUCAUACCAAACAAGUCCCCAAACAACAUUUAAUAAUUGAUUUAUGAUAAUUUUUGCUUCUUUUGUACAUAACUGAUGCUGUUUAAAUUUUGUUCUUUUAAUGCCGCUACAAAAGUAAAGUCUAUUUGUGAGAGGAAAAAAAACAAUGCACAAUGGCUGACUGUUGAAGAACAAUAGUGAAAUGUUUUCCACUGUAUAGAGCCUGUAGCAAUAUUCUAGGAGGUCACAUGCAAAUCUGGAGUGUCCUUUUAUGACCACUACAAACCAUUUGCAAGGACACAAAAUGCUAAAAAAUGACUACCUUGAUGUUACACUGUGCUAUUCUCUCUCUCUCUCUCUCUCUCUCUCUCUCUCUCUCCCCAUAAUAUAUAUAUAUAUAUAUAUAUACACACACACUAGUCAACAUUUGAAGUGGAUCAAAACCUUUCAUCAAAGUUGUCCUAAAACCAAAUCAAUACCCGUACUUGUCGUAGGACAACUUUGAACUUUUUUGAUCCACUUCAAAUGUUGACUACUGUAUAUAUAAAUACACACACGCUUUCUUUUUUUCCAUGAUAUCCUCUUGGGUUUCAUCAUUUCUGUGCAGAUGGCUACAGUUGAUAUUUUAUUUAUGCAACACAAUAAAAAACAUAAACAUAUUCAUUUAUUAAUUGUAAAUGUCAUUAAAAAUGUGGAAUUGUAAUCCAAAGCAUAAUGUUAUGGAUUAGCUUCACUACAAAGUAAAAUUCCAAAUUUAGUCCAGCAUUAAGAAAGGCACUAUAUCAGUAGCCAGAAACAAGACUCUGGGUAUCUAAAGGAGGGAAAACAAUUGAAGUAUAAUAAAGAGACAUAUACCAUUAA